CUUCCACCUCUUUUGCCGUAUGAAAGACUCUUCUUUAUGUUGACUUUUAUGAAUCCAACUUUGACUAGGAAAAGGGUAGUCUAGGUAAUUAUUCCUUUCCCCUAGGGGUAGUCUCGUCAUAAUUGGAUAAUAAAUGCGUGGUUAUCCCCAGUCUCUCUGCAUCCCACUCAUUGAAUUGAAGAAGAUUUUAGGGAAGAACACAACUCACAGGGGGAGGAGAGAGAAAAGUUAGGUUAUCUUUAUUAAUCGCCGAUCAACGGUUCAGAUUUCAUCUCUUGAAUAUCCAACGGCUUAUAAAUCGUCUUCUUCCUCUGGCGGCUGUUAGAGAGAGAAAGCUUAAGGUUGUUUGGUAAGAGAAAGUUAGGUUUUUCAUUGAUCGCUGAUCAACGGUCCAGAUUUGUUUAUUCUACGCGUAUCCGACGGCUUGAAUUUGUUUGUCUUCUCCUUGUCGGCGACGGCGGCCAUUAGAGCGGGAAGGCGAGGUUUUUGUUUUCAUAUAGAGAGAAUUAUUAUUAUUUAGCGAGGAAUUUCGAGAAGAAUUUUGCCGAGGAGUUUUAAGGAAUUCGUUUGAUUGCUUCGCAGUGGAGAUUUUGUGGUUUUUGGAUGAGAUUGGAAAGAGGAAAAAAAAAUUACAGGUAUUUGAAAACCCUAAGCUUUUUGAUUGAUUUGUGCACGCUUUUUGUAAUCUGGAAAUUAUAGGUGUUAUUCGAAAUCAAAUCAAGGUUGUUCUACUUGUUCGUCAAUUGAAAAUUCAAAAUAAAAAUUCGUCGAAAUCAAAUCAAGGUUGUUCACUUGUUCGUCAAUUGAAAAUUCAAAAUAAAAAUUCGUUCGAUUUCUCAAGGCAAAAUUUCACCAGAUCCUGUUUCUGUUGGUGGAUUGAAUUAGAAAACUUGUUUCUGUUCCUGUUUUGGAGAGAUGAUGACGAAUCUACACGAAGAAGAGAAAGAUAGAAUCUUUAAGCUGCGUUUUUUCAAUGGCGGCGAAGAAGUUUCUUUAAUAAUAACUUGGAAGAGAGGUUUUAGAAUAUGUCCUCGUUUAUUCUAUGAAUUUGAGCGAGAUGCCAGCAUCAUCUUUUGAAAUCGACUUCGCAGAGGCGAAAAAUUCGAAGAUCAGAUCAGUCACUCUUUAGUAAAAAAAAUUAGGGUUUUGAACUACUCCUAUAUUGUUUAUCAGUGAUUCAUGUGAAUGGAUCUAUCAUCUAUUUGGGUCAUAUGAUUCAGCCUAUCAAGCCCUAGGUGCUUUCACCUGAAUUUGGAGAUGCUUUUUGAAUGCUUAGUCUAAUAGGUCUUUAUUCGCAGCAUAGCGAUACCGAUCCUUGAUUGUGUCUUCUUUAUGGAGCUAAUGGCCUUGAAUAUGAGAGAUAGGAGCUGAAUCUACUACUACUUUGUGCUCUUAUGUGCUGCCUUUGGGUGGGUUGGUUUGAAAAUCGUCGAUUUUUUAAUGACUGGGGUGACAAAAAUGACAUCAAAUUGGGACUGUUCUGUUUAUGCCAUGUGAUAUUUAUAUGUUUUAGUCAAUUUCUUUUGAGGGUUGAUGAUGCACAGAUUCAUGAAUUCCAUGAAUCUGUGGAAUCUGAAGUGUUUAAAGGUUUCAAAGCCUUCAAUUUGAACCUAUGGAAAUACUCCUUAUCACGCAGCCUUGAAAUCUGGUUGACACAGUUUGCCCCAAGGUAAACUUUUAUCAAGUGUUGCCUGCAUAUAUACUGGAGGAUUCGCAGUAGCCGUGUUAGUUCAGUCUUUUCCCAGUGCUCAGUUUAACUAUUUGGUUUGAGCUCUAGCCUGUGUAGUUAAAAUAUCUAGAAAAACGGCGUUUGGAAAGCGCUCAGUCAAUAGAUCGGUAGUUGAUGGGAUAGAAUCUCGUCGCGAAAGCAUGACCACAGUUGGCCUAGAACUUACAAGUUUUAUUGAUCCCAGUUUGACUUGGAAGACAGUAUCCAAAGGCAGGAACACAUCAAGGCGCUCAAGAAGGUCAGCCUCUAAGAACAUGAAAAUAGUUCAAGAACAUGAUAAAAGGAGCCCGAAACGGUUAAAUAGCUUGCAAUGUUCAGAGUCUGAGAAGUCUAAUGUAAUGCUUCAUGGACGGCGUUUUCCUAGCAAUAUGGAGCAUAUACCGAUCAAGAAGAGGAAGCUUUUCGUUAGAUCACCUUCUCCUCCCUUGCCAUCUCCAAAUUGCCAAGAAGAGUCCGAGGGGCCGGUUACCUGCUCAGAGAGUCAAGUAAUGGGAAUUAAUUUUCCUCAAGGAUCAAAAUCCAAAACUUGUGAGAGUGAUGGUAACAUUUACGAGAAAAGUGUGAAGUCCUUAUUUGGUGCGCAUGGUUCUAAGGAUGAUUUCUCAGGCAUUGCAAUACUUGCUGCUGCAGCAUGUAGUGACCGAUUAGACAACUCCACUGAUGAUGCAGGAAAUAGUCAAAGUCAAAUGGGUGGUGUUGAUAGGGAGAAAAAAGUUUCAUCUGUUUUUGUUUCUCACAUGAAAGAAAACUUUUCAAGCAUUCAUACACCUGACUUACUUGGAAAGGACAUUGAACAUGUUGAAGGAAUUUCCGUGGUCGAUUUGCCAAAGGACAGUUCUCAAGUUGUUAGCAUGAACUACGAUGCUGAUGAAGUUGGCAUGAGCCCGAUAAAGGAGUUUCAACAGGCAGAUCAAAAUGAUAAAGUCGCUUCUACAUCUGCCGUGAAAGAAAGUGUUGAAUGCCUUGGAUUACCUCGCUCGCUCGGAAGUGCUGCAUAUGUUAACAAGGAAUCUCUUUCUGGCUCGUCAAAUGAAGUUGCUGAUAAAACAUCAGAGAACUCUGGCGCAACUCGGGAUUGUCGAUUCCAUUGGGAUCUGAAUACUGUCAUGGAUGAGUGGGAUGAACCUCUUGAUGAUACGGGUGAUACAGGUGUUUCUUCUGGUACUCAAUUAGUGGAAGUUGCUCCAGUUAACAUUAUGGAUUCCCAAAAUUUGGAGGAUAUGGAAGUUUCUGAGACAAAGAGAUCCGAGAUCCAGAAUUUAGAUGAUGUAAAAGGUUUGGAGGCAGACAGAGCAGAGCCAUCCGUGAGUGGUGAUAGGGUUUUCUCGCAAGCUGAAGCCUGUGCAGAUCCUGAAAGCGUGACAUUGCCAGACAAAAAUGAAGGCUUUACCAGUGUUAGUCCUACAUUCAGCAGACUGGGACAUUGUUCAGAAGUGUCGGCUGGUUUUGUCACGAGCAUCUUAAAGGAAAAUAUCUGUCCAUCCAAUGCCAGCGUUAAUGUGGUGGAAUCCUCAGUAUGUGUAGCAGAUUCCGAAAUCCAACCGGAGGUGGUGAACGAAGAUGCCAAAAUCGACCAUUCCCUCUCUUUAGGGAUAAAUGGCACCAAAAUUUCUGCAUCUGAAGAGACUGAUAAUGGUGCAGGAUCUGAAAACCUAAAUGAAGUUGCUGAAACUUCUCGAACUGUUAAGUCCGAGGAGCAUGAAAUUAAUUUCUUGUUGGCACCACUUUCAGGGAAGUUCUCAGAAGUCGUGGAUGCUGACUGCAAACAUAUCGAGGACCCUAAAUUAAGGAAUGUUUUAGGUGAUGAGAGUGAUAAUAAGGUGGCACAUGUGACUCUCGGUAGCAGACAAUGUGAAAUUCCUGCUUUAGAUACACGAGAGUUCAGGGAGAUUUUCUGCAGGAUCGAUGAGAGUGAUAAUAGCAGACAAUGUGUAAUUCCUGCUUUAGAUGCUCAAGAGUUCAGGGAGAUUUCCUGCAGGAUGAUAUAUGAUCUGAACUGUCAGAAUUCCGAGCCACCUAAGCAGAUCUCCCUGCUUGAUAGUGAAGUUAAACAUGAGGAAAUCAUCAGCCGACCAUUAGAAUCAUCUCAGCCUUCCAGUUCUGAAAAUGUAAUGGUGGAAUCGAAAGAUUUUAGUGCCUCUCUUUGCUCAGAGAAAAUCAUGGAUGGGGUUACAAGCUCAAUGACUAUGGGUAAUCAUCAAACCUUAGAAAAAGUGAUUGACAAAGAAAUACAAGAAAACCUGUCUGUCACAGAUGCCUCUGAAAGUGACCGAUCUGAAGCUCUUGUUCCUAAAAUGUUUGAUCAUUGUGUAGCUGUUGAUGCAUGCAGCAAACCCAGCAUUAGCCCUCUUGCAGAAAAGUCUUUGGGCGGUAUUCAUGGUUCACAUGUUUCUAAGGAAGAUUCAAGUCAAUUGACUGAAAAUGCUGGAACAGUUGCUGAAUUCGAAAGAGGUUAUGAUUCCCAUUUGGAAGAUGGAGAGUUGAGAGAGUCACAACAUCACUGUUGGGAGGAGGAGGAUAACGAUGAAGGGGAAGUUGUUCUGGUUGGCGGGGAGUGUGAGAAGCAGAGUUUUCGAUCGGAUAAUUUUAGCUCUGCUGAUAAUCCGCCAAAUCUUGAUAAUAAGAGCAUCGAGGAAAGUGAAAGGGAAAGGGAAAGCUGCUCUCUUCGGUUUCAGGGUUGCGUGUCCAAUGUUGUGGAUGCCAUGGAAGAAGAAGCAGUGUGUACAACAAAGAGGGAAUCUUCAUCUUCAGCUUUAAAGGCAUGUUCUGCAGCAAAUAAUUCUGACAAGAAGGAUAAUAGCAGGUCUAGUAUUGAAGCUGAUAGUAUGGGAAAAGAGUUUGACAAUGUUCUUCUUCCACGCAAUUCCAGAGGUGCUUCUGCAAGUGGUAGGGAUUUGCAGUUUUCAGAUAGAAGAUGUACUGAUUCCAUGAGAAGAAGCAGAUCCAGCAACUUUGAUUGCAUGCAUCGUACUGAUGGGCCAGAUGAGCCCAUGACCAGGAACCAGCAGCCUACAAUGCGAAUGGGUCGGUUUAAUGGUCGUUCUUGGAACCCUGAACUGAAAAACUCUGCCUCAGAAGAUGAUGGAGAGAGAAUUCUCAGGACUCCAGGUGGUGAUACUUCACCAUUUAGAGGUCGCAGGCCCAGAAUCAUCAAUACCUCUUCACGAAGUGGCUACCAUUUCAUGAGAAGAGGAGGAUCACCAGGAGAGCAGCGAGACAGUGGUGAUUAUGGUAUGGGAAUGAUGAAAACCCGAGACAUGAGCCCGGAUAAUAAUAAUCCAAGGAGCAGGUUUGGGAGAUUCAACGGGAUUAAUAGGGGUUUCAGGGAGGGUUAUCGGGGCAGACCAGGUGUUUAUGAAGGCCCGAAGUCUGGUGGUGGUGGGCCCAUGUUGAAUCGUUUUGGCAAAAGGGAGAGAAGCUUCUCUCCGGUCGGUGGUGAUAGAUUUCAUAGAAAGUCAAGAUCUAGGUCAAGAACUCGGUCCCCCGAUUUCAGGUGUGAAGCUAGAAUGGGGAGGGGCAGGCUGCCGUAUCAGCAAACCGAACAUACGAGAGAAAGGAGAUCACCACCACCAGUGAGGGUGUUCAAUCAAAAUCAGAGAUUUGAUUCUGUUGAAAGAAUGAGAUCUGAUGAUUGCAUGAGACCCGCAAUGCGGGGCCCUAUGAGGUUCCAUGAUACUACAACAUCUGGUAGGGGUCAGGGUCAUGAUUUUGAGGAAGGUGAUGACUACAACAGGAGAAAACCACCACUCAUGCGAAACCGUCAGAGAUCUCGGUCAAGAUCCCGAAGUUGCUCCCCCGAUUUCAGGCCCGAUGGUAGGCCCGAUUCUAGGAUGGGAUCAGUGAGAGUUCCAUAUCAUCAGCCAAGGUCACCACCACCAGUGAGAGUUUUCCGUGCAGACCAAAGGUUUGAAAGUGGGCCCGGUUCCCCGCCUGUAAGAUUAAGAUCUGAUGAGUGCUUACGACCCGUGAUGCGGCCUCAAAGAUUUCACGAAUUCAACAACAACAAUAACAAUAGUAAUAAUAACGGGGAUGAUUUCAGGAGGAAACCUCGGAAUAUCUUUGAAAGAAUUCAUCCGGGAAGGCAGCAAUAUGGUGUAGAAGGAGGUGUUAGACGGUUUCAGUACGACAACGAAGAUGGCGGGCCUAGUCAGAAUUUCCGUAGGAAUGAGAGCUUUGGAAGGGGCGGCGGUGGUGGUGGUGAUAGAAGGCCGGUGGAGUUUAGGGGCGGGCCUAGAGAAGAAAGAGGUAAUGUUAGAUACAACAAUAAUAAUAAUAACAAUAGUAGUAAUUCAGAUCGAAUGUUCUAUUCUGGCCCGAAACAGUUUGGAGGAGGAAUACGGGAUUAUGCCGAAGACGGUCCACCCGGGAGAGUACGGCAAUGAUGAAGAUGGUCUUCUUCGUGAGUCCAUUUAGGUUUUUAUUUUUUAUUUUUUCUGUUGGUUUAAUUGCCAUAGUUUGUUCUUAUCUCUGGUUUUUAAAUUUCUUAGAUGCUUCAUUUUUCGUCAGUUCAUUUGUAACCGGUUUGAGGUGAUAAAUGAAAAGUUAGUAAUUGAGCUA